CAGAGUUUUAUAAUGAGUAUGAAUGCAAUCAACCUUUAUUGGAACGAGCUGUGCUUAAAGCUACCUCCUCUAUGGCUGAAAGGGGUCCACAAAAUGCAGUGUUGUAUGGUUUCCAAAACUGAACUGUCCAAUUAAAAACCGAAGUUAAAAAUGCCUUCAAAAAGUAUACGUUGGGCCUUCAACAUAUCCAAAUGGAACCCGUCACAUUGCGACAUGUUAUUGGCGACCUCGUACGUACAAACGGAAGAAAAGGCCCGUUUGGGCAGAUUUGUUUUCAAAAAAGACUUCAAAUCAUCCCUAGUCGGUCGACUAAUGAUGAGAAAGUUCGUCAGCAAUUUGUCGAACAAACCGUACAACUCGAUACAGUUUCUCCGCGACGAAAAGGGUAAACCCUACCUAGCAGACUCCGAUAAUUACCCUCAAUUGAACUUUAAUGUGUCCCAUCAGGGUGAUUACGUGGUAUUAGCCGGUGAAAGUUCCGAUAACAAAUUGGGGAUAGACGUUAUGAAACUUGAAUAUACGGGUGGUAAAUCUUUGAGUGAGUUCUUCAGACUGAUGACCAGGCAUUUUUCGUCGACGGAGUGGCGUACUAUUCGGGAUGCCGGCAACGAGAGGGCUCAAAUUGCCAUGUUCUGUCGCCACUGGUGCUUGAAAGAGAGCUACGUUAAGGCCAUAGGGGUCGGGAUCACCGUCAAUUUGCAGGACAUUAGUUUCAAGAUCAAUACCAAAUUGCUGAGCAAAUGUCACGUUGUAAAGGACACUGAACUGUUUAUAAAGGGCGACAAGCUGUCCAAUUGGACGUUCCAGGAGAUGCUACUGGAUGAUGAACAUUGUACAGCUGUUGCUAUCAAUAGUGGUGAUGUUGAAGACUGUGUCUUUAGGGAACUGACAUUUACCGAAUUGGUGGCAGAUGCAAUACCGUUACUUGAAAAGGACGACGUGUAUUGCAAUAAUUUUUUUAAGAAGUUGGAUAAAAAAUAGGCUAUAAAUAGAUUGAGAAAUGGGUCAAUUUAGUUAAAUUACAAGUUUUCUUGCGUGUUGCAUGAGCUCUUACAUAGUAUGAAAUGGGGUUAAUUAAAUAAGACUAUAAGCAUAAAAUUACCACAAAUAUUUAAUUUUUUAAGGGUUUUCAUAAAUUGUUAAUUUUAGUACAUAUAGGUUUAUUAAAUGGUUAAUAAAGUGUUACAUAACUGA